GAAUCGACUUUAAGAUCAGAACGAUAGAAUUAGAUGGAAAGAAAAUCAAGCUACAAAUAUGGGAUACAGCUGGCCAGGAGAGAUUCCGCACAAUCACAACAGCUUACUACAGAGGAGCCAUGGGAAUUAUGCUGGUGUAUGACAUCACAAAUGAAAAGUCAUUUGACAACAUAAAAAACUGGAUAAGAAACAUAGAGGAGCAUGCCUCUUCAGAUGUAGAAAGAAUGAUCCUGGGUAACAAAUGUGAUAUGAAUGAAAAAAGACAAGUCUCAAAAGAAAAAGGGGAGAAGUUAGCAAUUGAUUAUGGAAUCAAAUUUUUGGAGACGAGUGCAAAAUCCAGCAUAAAUGUGGAAGAGGCCUUUUUCACACUUGCACGGGACAUUAUGACAAAGCUCAACAGAAAAAUGAAUGACAACAGUUCAUCAGGGGCAGGUGGGCCAGUAAAAAUAACAGAAAAUCGAUCUAAGAAGAGCAGCUUCUUUCGAUGCACGCUACUUUGAUGAACUUCUAAUGACAGACUGCAGCACACUUAGAACCUUUUCUGCUUCUUUGAAAGCACAGGGUCACAAAGCCUCAGAAAUAAUACCACCAAGCUGCUGCUGAGAGCUCCAUUGAACGUAGACUGCGAUACACAAAAUACCAAGUGGAUUUUGCUCACUAAGCCUAUUGACCUGUCAGGCUCUUCUUUCUCAGAUAUGGAAGCUAUGAAGUGGAGACACAAAUGCAAGAGUUAACUUGUUUUCCUUUUUUACUUUCUGUUUUAUUGCCUGUUGCAAAAGCUGCUAUGUUUCUUUUAACUUUGCACAUCCAUAUUGGCCUCUUACUGCCUGUUACAGCACAAUCUUACAUUUCUAUUUGCACAGUUUGACUUGUAAGUGAGGUUCUUAACAGAUUUGUGCAGUUUUGGGUUUUUUUUUCCUCUUUUUAAACAAGUUUAUUUUCAAGUGUAAGAGCCAGGGGAAAAACUGUCUCGCUUCCAUUAUUUUCUAUGCUGUAAUCUUGUGGCCGUGACUGCAGUAUGGAUGUUGACACUCUAGUAAUGAGAAUUACUCUAACAAUUGGCAUUUAACAAUUUAUCUGAGUUUUAUCUCUUAGUUGCACAAAUCUGUUAAUGCAGAAGCUGUGGCUUCUAUUCUGAAUGUAGUGCGUUGCUUUUCUUCACCAGACUUAGCAAAGUUGUGUUCUGAAUUGCCAGUCACUGAUUCACAGAUGCACCUUUCAGUUAUUUGAAUAAACACGGUGUCUUUCCUCA